AUGCCCGGCAUUCUCCCCAUGAAGGUCAUCAAGGUCGGCAGCAGCGCCCAGGCCCGCAUCGCCCAGGCCUGCGACCGCUGCCGCUCCAAGAAGAUCCGCUGCGACGGCAUCCGCCCGAGCUGCUCGCAGUGCGUCAAUGUCGGCUUCGAGUGCAAGACGAGCGACAAGCUGAGCCGAAGGGCCUUCCCGAGAGGAUAUACCGAGUCGUUAGAGGAGAGAGUCAGAGCGCUCGAGGCCGAAGUCAGGGAGUUGAAAGAUCUGUUGGACGAGAAAGAUGAGAAGAUCGACAUCCCGGAGAUGGAAAGUCGGGAAGAGACGGUGGACAAGGAGGACGUGUUCAAGGUGCAGCAGAGCCCGCUGCUCUUGGAUGACGAGAACUGUGAUUCCUUCUUCGUUGGAACGUCAAGCGGGAGGACGCUCAUCGACGCCUUCAAGCAUAAGAUGCAAGAAUCCGGCCGUCUUUGCGCAGACAUCAGCUCAGGCGCCUUUUUCGGCAACGGCUCGAAAGAAUCAGCGAGCAAUUCACGAACACGCAUCGUCUCCUGGAACGCGCCGCCGCGUCUAGUGUCUGACCAGAUGAUCAACAUCUUCUUCCAAGAGUGGGCGCCGCUGUUCCCGGUUCUUCAUCGGCCGACGUUCCUCCACCUGUACGAGAAGUACGUCGCAAGCCCCGAAAGUAUGACCGACAAAAAGUCAAUCGCGCAACUCAACCUCGUCUUUGGAAUCGCGGCACUGUCAAGUGAUUCACAUGAGGAUAAAGACUUCGACUCGUUUGAGUCACAAUGGCAGAGUGCGCUCGAUUCAUUCUUGAUGGACAACUGCAUGCAAACACUGCAAUGUCUCAUUCUUGCGCAAAUCCAUUCUCUCCUCCGAUCGGACUUCGGGCGGCUCCUCAAGUAUAAGGGGCUGGCUGUCAGCCUGGCUCAACGCUUAGGCCUUCACCAGUCCCAAAAACGGUUCGCGCUUGGUGCUCUGACUAGCGAGACCAGGAAGAAGGUGUUCUGGACCUUGUAUACUAUCGAUUGCUUUUCCGCUGCACAUCUUGGACUACCCAAACUCCUUCGGGAAGAAGACGUCGAAUGCGAGUACCCGGCUGAUGCCGAUGACGAAUAUGUUACGGAGAAGGGCUUUUUGCCAACUCUACCCGGCGAAUUCACGAAACUCUCCAGUGCUCUCGCAUUGUUCCGAGUCACUCGCGUGCUCGCCAAAACCCUCCAGGAACUCUACCCUGCGUCGGCGUCACAUGAAAUCUCUUUCCGCGCUCUAACGUCGCUCGCCGACGAACUCGAGGACUGGUUGAAUAACCUCGCUCCUCAUCUCAGAUUACACUUCCAACAGGACAAGCCGAGUACCAAUGUGACGAGUAGCCGAUCGCCGAUUCUGUCGCUUGCGUAUCACCACAUUCGCUCCCUAGUAUAUCGCCCAGCAGUCCUUGCCAACAUUGGUGACCGAGGAUCAUCGGCCCUCGUUGCCGUUGCGGAUUCCAGCAAGAGUAUCGUCCAGAUUGUUCAGCUGUUGGACGAGCGAAACCUCAGCUUCUCUUUCUGCCUCAAUCGGAACGAGAUCCUUGUUCAAGCCGGAUUCGGUCUCCUGUUCCAGACCUUGAAUCUGAACCAAGAUGGCAAGCUCAUGAAGGACUGUCAGAGGACAGUAUGCUCUGUCAUUGAGAUGCUUGACCGCAACUCUGCAACCGGUGCAGCAGACUUCCGUCGCGUAGGCUGCUCCAUGGUCGCUGUCCCCCGCGCAGAGAAAGCCCUCCCCAUCACGCUAUCCCGCCACAACUCCGAAGGCAGCAUGCCCGCUCCUGCAGACACAUUCAGGGCUACCCAGAAACACCUCAAAGCCAUUGCCUCUCGCUUCACCCCGAAACACUCCCGCAACGGUUCCAAUGAAUCCCGCCGCGCCACUCUCGCCAGCAUCACUCCCUCGAUGACCCAGCACACCAACCAGUCUUCCUCUAGUAUCUCCUCGAUCCGCUCAGAACAAGGGCACGCCCGCUCCGAGCCCACAAUGAGCCCCCUUACCCACCGCAGCUCCAUCCCCACCAGCCACUCCAAGCGCCAUCCCUCUGCCAGCCCUAGCAACAGCGCCCUACGUCAGAACCCGAACCUCGACUACCUCUCUUUCGCUCAGGACCCACUAUCAUCGUACCCGUUCACUGCCACAAUUGGUGGUAAAUCUGAAGUCUCGCCAACAGACUGGGAACGCCUCCUCUCGUCCCUCGACAACGGCCAGACGAAUAUCUAUGACACCAUCUACGGCGGCCCGCCCGUUGACGGGCUUCUCGACGUCCCACACCUUUCAGCCGGCGCUGAAGCGCAUCUUGCGUGGGCGCCGGGUGUUUGGGGACUAGGCGAUGUGGGCGCGCAACAGCCACCGCAGAGUGUGUUGAGUUUCAGCGAUGAGAGCCUGACGAGCGGAGAGGAUUUCGGGAAUUGCGAGUUCGGAACGCAGGCCGGGGGGGAGCAGGUGUUUCACGGGAUCAUGAUUCCGGAGACUGGAUUGGAUAGGAAUUAUGGGAUCUAGGGAGUUCACAAAAAAAAAUUGAGCAAGAGGAGGAGGCUCAGGCUGGGUUUAGAGGAGUACGAAGGUGUUAUGCGACAAUGAUGGGUA